UAGGGUCUUUAUUCAGGUGGAAAUUUGGGGGGAGAUAUGCUGCAGUGGUAUGGUAAUGAAUAAGAGAGAAAACAGAAGGAGGGAGGAAGGGAGGAUGGGACAAAGACAGAUGAAGGAAUAGAAAGAGGAGGAGGGAGAAGGAGACAGAGAGUAGAAAGAUUUGUAGUAUUCACUUCGUUUCACAAUACAGAUGUGAGAAUUUCUCUGAAAUAAGCACCUCUUUUAGAUCUCUUUCCUAUCACUUCCAUCAUCAGACUCAUCAACAACAUGACAUCAGAAAACCAAACUGGUGUAGCAGCAUUCUCCCUCCUGGGGCUCUCAGAGGAUUCAGAACGGCAGCCCUUCCUGUUCGGACUAUUCCUGACCAUGUACCUCGUCACUGUGUUGGGGAACCUACUCAUUAUCCUGGCCAUCAGCUCAGACUCCCACCUCCACACCCCCAUGUACUUUUUCCUCUCCAACCUGUCCUUCACUGACAUCUGUUUCAGCACCACCACGGUCCCCAAGAUGCUGGUGAACAUCCAGACACAGAACAAAUCCAUCAGUUACACAGGCUGCCUCACCCAGGUUUGCUUCCUCAUGAUAUUUGCAGGCAUGGAAAAUUUUCUCCUUGCAGCAAUGGCCUAUGACCGCUAUGUGGCCAUCUGCCAACCACUGAGGUAUACAGUCAUCAUGAACUCUCACCUCUGUGGUCUGCUGAUUCUACUCUCCUUGUUCAUUAGUUUGGUGGAUGCCCUGCUCCACAGUCUGAUGAUACUAAGGCUGUCCUUCUGCACAGACAGGGAAAUCCCUCACUUCUUCUGUGAGCUUGCUCAGGUCAUCAAACUUGCCUGCUCCAAUACUCUUGUCAAUAACAUCCUGGUAUACUUACUAACUAGUAUACUGGGUGGUGGUCCACUCCUUGGGAUUAUUUUCUCUUACAUUAAAAUUAUUUCUUCCAUUCUGAGAAUACCAUCAACUGGUGGAAUGUAUAAAGCUUUCUCCACCUGUGGGUCUCACCUGUCAGUGGUUUUCUUAUUCUAUGGGACAGUUUUUGGGGUGUACAUUAGUUCUGCAGUUACUCAUUCUUCCAAGAAGACAGCAGUAGCCUCAGUGAUGUACACUGUGGUCCCUCCAAUGAUGAACCCAUUUGUUUACAGCCUGAGGAACAGGGACAUGAAGGGAGCCUUGAAGAAACUCCUAUGGAGAACAUUUUCCUUUUCAUGAUUGUGUUAUCUGCUUUAGGCUUGGGCUUCUAGAAUGAGUCAUAGUGAAAGAAUACUGGGCGAAUCAGAAUGUUAGACCCUUCUAGUAACAAGUUUUUUUCCUUAACAUUUUGAUAAUAAAAAUCAUUUUAUCUUUAUUAUUAAUUCAUAUGCAUUUUUACCUAUGUAUAUAUUUACUUACACACGCUUCUGUCUUGUGACAAUUUUUACCUUGUUAGCAAGACAUGCUAAAGCAUUUAUUUUUUUAUGUUUAAUUUGGCCAAUAUGUAUGUAACAAAACAUUUGUCAUGUCAACAUUUUUUACAUGUACUAUUCAGUGACAUUAAUUACAUUCUUCAUGUUAUUCAACAGUCAUUACUACCCAUUUUCAAAUUUUUGCAUCACUCUUAGCUUAGUAUCCCCUACACAAUGAGUCUUCCUUUCUUUUUCCUCCUCACCACCCCUGAUAACCACUAAUAGAGUUUGGUCUCUAUACACUUGCCUAUUCUAGGUAUUUCAUAUAAGUGGGAUCAUAAGAUAUUUAUUCUUUUGUAACUGACAUUUCACUUGGCAUAAGGCUUUCAAGGUUCAUCUAUGCUGUAGCAUGUAUCAGGGCUUUAUUUAUCCUUAUGGCCAGAAGUAUUCCAUUGCAUAGAUGAUAUUUUGUUUAUCCAUUCAUCUGUUGGUUGGCAUUGAGCCUGUUUCCACCUUAUGGUUAUUGUGAAUAUUGCCACAAGGAACAUUGGUGUACAAGUAUCUGUUUGUGUUCCUGCUUUCAAUUCUUUUGCUACAAUUAUUAUAUACCAUAAUGACUAACAGCAGUGCAAAAUAGGUAUGGAAAGUGAUUUUGCUCUUCUCUAGCUUUGUGAUAUUUGAUUGAUUGCAUACUAGGGCAGGUUUUUAUGAAGGCCACCAGUUGGCUAUAUCACUUGCAUGCAUUAUAUCCCAGAAAGCUGACUAUGACUUCUUCUUUUAAUAAUGAGGUGACUUUUCCAAUGAGUAACUCAGAAGACAUCCUUUCACAACUUAUAAGCCUGAACUGGGACAUACAGACCUCUUCUUUAUUCUCUGAUGAGGAGAACAGAAUUAUUAUGAGUUGAUUUUACAUAUUGUCUAAAACAGUUGUUUUCCAUCCUUAACACAUAUGAGAACUGGAGAACUUGUUAGUACACAGAUUCCUGUGUCCUUCCUCAGUGAUUUCAGCACCCUGGUACCAUAGUGGAUAAACAUUUGACAAAUCCGGCAGCUGCUCCUUGUAAGCCCUAUGGGGGCAGUUCUAUUCUGUCCUAUAGGGUCGCUAUGAGUAGGAAUUACAUCAACAGCAAUGGGUUUGGUUUUGGUUUUGGUUAGUGUGAGGUGGGCCCAUGAAUGUGCACUUCUAACAAGCUCAUAUGUGAUGCCUGUGUGCAUAGUCCAAGUAUUACACUUUGUGUGACACCGAUCUAAAAUGUAAUUACUGUUGGAAACUCAAUAGGCACAAUAUCUGGCACACAGUAAGUACUCAUUGAAAUUUAGCUAGUAUCGUUGUAUUCCAUAUCUAAUCCCCUAUCCUUGGUCCUUUCAAUUCUUUUGCUUUCACACAUUUUUUAACAUUUGCUUUAGCACUUAGCUUUGCUUACCUUAAUUUAAAUAUAUAUCAGCAUUUCAGGUGAACCUAGUAAUAUAAACAAAGACAUAAUUAUUGGGUUUGCAGGCUAAGGCAAAUUAUAUUUUCCUGACAGUUGAUUUGCUUUGAUUCCUUCUCAUUGAUUACUUGCUAGCAACGACUUUCAUUUUUUCAUUUAUUUCUUGUGUUACCAUUUUGAUUGCUUCUUUUUCAUUUCAGAUAAAAUCCACACAUCAAAUGUGUUUUAAUAAAGCUAAUAGAAUCACUGCAGUCUUAGAAGGACUCUGCCAUGUAGGGAGGUGUUGUGUGUGGUGCUAUAGGCAACCAAGUAGAAAGUUUGCUUUUACUGGGGAUCACUUUUAAACUAAGGAGAUUACUCCUGGUGAGAAUGGAUGACUCCUUGGAGAACUGAGUGCCCAGAGAGCCUUCUGUUCUGGUCAUUACUGAGUUCCAUUGUUUUCAGCACCACUUCUGGGAACAGAUCCCAGACUAGCACCAAAGGCCUUUGCUAGGGCAGUGGUUCACCCAAUGAUGGUCUUAAAUCUCCUGCAGGAUCUUGGGCCUUAGUUAAAGCUGCAGGUUCCUGGACCUCAUUCAAGGACCAAAGAUUUUGGACCCUGGGGAUUGGUCCCUAGGGAAAGUAUGGUUAACAAGACCCUUGUGAAAUAGUGAUGAGCUCUAUGUUCUGGAACCAUAGUUUUAAUACUAGAAUUUAUUUAGAAUCUGGUGUAUGAAAGACUUUUUUCAAUUUUAUUUGUGAAAUAUGUCAUACGUAGAAAGUGUGUGUAAUGUACCUGUAGUUCUUGUAGAAUCUUCAUAUAAUAAAAGCACAUAACCAUCACCUAAAUUGAAAAGUAGAUAAUUAUGAUCAUCUUAGAAUUCCCUUGUGAGGCCUUCCCUAUCUCCCAGAAGUAAGUGCUAUCCUGAAUUUUGUAUUUAUCAUUUUUUUGCUGUUCCUUAUUUUGAGAUGAACCCUGUGAAAUUGCCAGCAUUUCAAUUUUUGAUCUACAGAACUGCCAAUUUCAUGCAUUUCAACAUAAUAGUUUUACCACUUCUACAUACAUCCUUUUCCUCCACCUCAUAAAUGACAUCUAUGAAAAACUCACAGCUAACAUUGUACUUAAUGGACUGGGUGCUUCCCUCUAGGAUCAGGAAAAAAAAAAAAAAAAAGAAUGUCCAUUCUUUCUACUUCUACCUGUGGUGGUGGUUCUAGCUAGGGGAAUUAUGCAAAAAAAAAUUAAAAAGAAAACAAAUAAAUAAUAGGUACACAAAUUAAAAAGGUAAAAGUAAAGCUAUCUGUAUUUGCAGAUGAUAUGAGAGAUGAUGCAGAGAAAAUCCUAAAGAAUCAACUAAAUUACUAUUUGGACUAAUAAACACACUCAGCACAGUUGCAGGAUAUAAGAUCAAUAUGCAAAAAUCAAUUGUAUUUCUACACACUUGCAAUUAAUAAUCCAAAAAUAUAACUAAGAAAAGAAUUCCAUUUACAAAAGCAUCAAAAAGAAUACAAUACUUAGGAAUAAAUGUAAGCAAAGAAGUAUAAGACAUAUAUUGAAAAGUACAAAGCAUUGUUUAAAUAAACUUAACAAGAGCUAAAUAAUUAGAAAAAAUACACCAUGUACAUGAAUUGUUAAGAUGGCAAUAUUUUCCAAACUGAUCUACAGAUUAAACACAGUCCCCAUCAGAAUUCCAGAUUUUUUCUUUACACAAAUUGACAAACUGAUUCUAAAAUUCAUAUGGAAUUGCAAGGACACAGAAUAACCAAAACAGUCUUGAAAAGGAAGAACAAAGUAGGAAAACUCACACUUCUUGAUUUCAAACUUACCACAAAGCAACAGUAAUCAAGAUGGUACUGGUGCAAGGAUAGACAUAUAAAUCGAUUAGAACUGAAGAGUCUUGAAAUAUAUAUUUAUAAAACUCAUCUCAGCAAAGGUGCCAAGAUCAUCCAAUGGGGCAAGACUAGUCUUUCUGACAAAUGGUACUAGGGCAAAUGGAUAGCCACAAGCAAAAGUAUAAAGUAGAACUCUUACCUCAAAUAAGAUUAAAAAAAAAAAAAAAAAAAACUUGAAGUGAAUCAAAGACCUAAAUGAAAGCACUAAAAGUGGUGUAAAAUGUUUAGAAAACAUAGGGACAAAUCUUGACCUUGGGUUUGGCAAAGGAUUCUUAGAUAUGGCACCGAAAGCACAUGCAAAAAAUAAAAAAUGGAUAAAUUAAAUUUGAAAACAUUGUGCUUCAAAGGAUACCAUGAAAGAAAUAAAAAGACAAUCCAUAGAACUAGUGAAAAUAUUUGCAAACCACAUAUAUUACAUUUUUAAUCAAACGUGAAAAGACAAAUAACCAAUUUUAAAAAAAAAGGACUUGAGCAGAUGUUUCUUCAAAGAAGAAAUGCAUAAGAAAAAAUACUCAACAUCACUAAUCUUCAGGAAAAUGCAAAGCAGAACUUUAGUGAGAUACCACCUCACAUCCACUAGGAUAAAAAAAAUAGCACCUAUUAAA